AACAAACCUUGAAAAAAAACACAACCUUAGAUGCAACGCAAAAAUUCGAAACAUUCGGAUUUUAGAACGUUCGUGCGCUUCGUUUUUGUAAAGCCGCCUCGUUUAAAAUCGCGUUGACUUGGUGCAAGGCACGGUACAUUCCGAGGUCGCCUUACCCAAAUUUCCCGUCCUGUGACUCGCGGAAAAACAUCCUGCGUUUAUCUACCACAGUUUAGUUUCCGAAUACAACUCCAGGAGCCGCUAACCUCGUUUUUAAGCGCGCUUUGUCGUGUGUGGAGCCCUCGCGGUCGCCUUCAUUUCCGAGUCAGGGCUCCAUGAGGCUCGUGGAGGGAAGAAGCAGCCGCCUCUGGUUCGCCAUCAGGGAGCUCGGUUAUCUCACCGUGUGGGCUUGUUUCGCUUGCGCCUGCCGUGAAAGCAAAGUUUGCGAUCACAUUUGACAGUUUUCCGGGUUAUCUGUGUUUGAGGAGCGAACCGGGUGAGUUUAGAGCCGUUCUCUCUCGGUGGAGGAGGUGAACUGGGCUCGCAGCAGCAGCGCAUGGAGGGUAGUAUGGCGGCUCGAGAACAGUCGUCACGCCAGUGAAGCGUCCUUUCUCUCGGCUGUUGCGUUUUUACAUUGUGACUUGGAACUAAAUGACACGUUUAGAGACCAGAUUGAUUCAUUUCUAAACGAGUGGAUCUCGCUUUUCAUAAUUGUGCUUCAACCACCGCGUACUUGGUGAAAUUAAUCGUAUAUUUCUUUAAUUUUUGUUUUUCAAGCCUUUGAAGACCCUGCUGCCAUACGGCUGCACAAACCGUGCUCUCACCCCGCAUUCCUCAUCACUCGAAAUCGGGGUAAACCACCGGAUUUCUUCACGAGUGAUUCCAGACAAUGAAUGGAGAAAUGGACUCCUCUGCUAAAGAACCCACUUGGGAGCAGAAUGACCUGUUGAAGCUGUUGGAUGCCAUAAAGGGGAACCUGCCGGAAAAAGAUCUGGCCAAGUACAAGACGUCCGAGUCCCAUUUGGACUGGGAGAAAGUGGCUUUCAACUCUUACUCUGGGGAGAUGUGCAAACAGAAAUGGCAUGAAGUUUCACGUGAGAUUCGCAAAUUCCGCACCCUUACUGAGCUGAUCGUGGAUGCGCAGGACUACGUCAAAAAUCCAUACAAAGGAAAGAAGCUGAAGAAGCACCCAGACUUCCCCAAAAAGCCAUUGACACCGUAUUUCCGUUUCUUUAUGGAGAAGCGUGCCAAGUACGCUAAACUACAUCCAGAGAUGAGCAACCUAGAUCUCACAAAAAUCCUGUCCAAAAAAUACAAGGAGCUCCCAGAGCGUAAAAAAGAGAAAUAUGUGAAAGACUUUCUCAGAGAAAAGGAGAGUUUCAUGCUCCGCAUGAUGAAGUUCAGGCAAGAUCAUCCCGACCUUCUAGAGAACGUUAACAAGAAGUCCAAUGUUCCAGAGAAGCCCAAGACGCCCCAGCAACUGUGGUACUUCCAUGAGAAGAAGGCCUUUCUCAAAGCACGCCCAGAUGCGACUACCAAAGACAUCAAGGACAGUGUUGGCAAGCAGUGGCCACAGCUCUCAGACAAGAAGAGGAUAAAGUGGAUCACAAAGUCUUUGGAGCAGAAGAAACUGUAUGAGGAGAAGAUGCGCGAGUUUAUCCAGCAGCACCCAGAGAUGAACAUGACAGAGGAGAACAUUGUCAAAUCCACUCUGACCAAAGCAGAGAGACAGCUCAAAGACAAGUUUGAUGGGCGGCCAGACAAACCGCCUUCUAAUGGUUACUCUAUGUUCUGUGCUGAGCUGAUGUCCAGUAUGAAAGAUGUUCCCAGUACAGAGCGUAUGGUCAUGUGCAGCCAGCGCUGGAAACUCCUCAAACAGAGCGAGAAAGAUGCCUACCAAAAGCGCUGUGAGCAGAAAAAGAAAGAAUAUGAAGUUGAGAUGAAUCGUUACUUAUUAAGUAUCUCAGAGGAGGAACAGCAGAGAAUACUGUCAGAACAGAAGAUGGGCAGCUUUAAAAAGGGAGGUGGAGGCAGUAGUCCCGCUUCCAAAAAGAAGAGCUCAAAAGCAAAGUCCAGUACAGAGAAGCCCAAGCCUCCUGUCUCUGCUAUGUUUAUUUUCUCUGAGGAGAAGCGCCCAAAACUUCAACAGGAAAAGCCUGAUCUUUCUGACAUGGAGCUCACAAGACUACUGGCCCGCAUGUGGAAUGAGCUUUCUGACAAGAAGAAGGAAAAGUAUAAAAACCUGGAGAUGACGCUGAAGGCAGAGUCUGAAAAACAGAGCAAAGAGGACAAAGGGAAACUACCAGAAACGCCCAAAACAGCUCAGGAUAUCUGGCAACAAAGCGUCAUUGGAGACUAUCUUGCCCGAUUCAAGAAUGAUCGAGCGAAAGCUCAAAAAGCCAUGGAGGCCACCUGGAACACCAUGGAGAAGAAAGAAAAGAUCAUGUGGAUCAAGAAGGCUGCAGAGGACCAGAAGAGAUAUGAAAGAGAGCUGAGUGAGAUGCGAUCGCCUGCCCCAGUCAUCACCCCUGGGAAGAAAAUGAAAUUUGAUGGUGAACCUAAGAAACCGCCCUCGAACGGUUAUCAGAAGUUCUCUCAGGAAAUGCUGUCAAACGGCGAGCUGAAUCAUCUGCCCAUGAAAGAGCGCAUGGGUGAAAUCGGAGGCCGCUGGCAGCGGCUCCCUCAGAAAGAGAAGGACCGCUACAAAAGACUGGCAGAAGAGAAACAGAGACAGUACAAAGUGCUGCUCGAGCAGUGGCUUGCGAGUUUAUCAUCACAAGAGAGAGCUACUUAUAAAGAAUAUAAUUCUCUGAAACGAAGGAGCACAGCAAAACCAGGUGGCACCGCUGCUAAAGCGAAACCCAAGGCCAAACAAUCGGAAGAGGAAGAGGAUGACGAUGAUGAUGAUGAUGACGAUGAUGACGAAGAGAAGGAAUCUGAAGACGGAUCAUCCUCCGAUGACGACAGCGAUGAUGACGAUAAUGAAGAAGACAUGGAGAACGAAGAGGUUGAGGAUAAAGAGAAUAAAUCAGAAAGCAGCAGCAGUGCUUCCAGCUCUGACGAUUCAUCAGCCUCAGACUCAGACUGAGCCCACAGACUGCCAGAAAUGCUGUGAACUGAGCCAUGAGCCGGGGGUCUGAGCCUGCUCUGCACUGCGCUCUUCUCACCACAGGAGGGGGCUCACCCCGCUGUCACACCUCUCACACACUCUUUCCUGUGCUUCUCUUCUGUUCUGUUCUCCCCUGCACUUCUGCUUUUAUUUGUAACUCCCUCAAUGAAUUGGCUUGGCAGGUUUUAAAGCAUUUUAGGCAACGUGUACGAGGAUGUAUGGUCUAAAUUCCUCCCAACACCGAAAAAAGGGUGCAGUGCUCUACUAUUGGCUUGUAGUAGUCGUAAAGCGUUAUUAGGACGCCCCGUGUUUAUAUUUUAGAGGACAUAGAGAGCACCAGGUGCCAUUUUCUUUUCCGUAAAUGAGCCAAAGAGUCUCUCUUAGUUUCACAGAUUAUUUCGGGAGGUACAGGGGACCAAAUAAUUGCACUCUGAAGAAUGUUUGCUUUCUUUUCUUCUGUCUGUACCUCUCCUGUUCUUCCUAAUAGCGUUGUUCCUCUCCUUUUCCUGCUCCCUCCAUUUUUGCUUUGGUGUUUGUUUUUGCUUUUUCGGUUCAAAAAAUUGUGGUAUUUUCAGGAACAAUGAAGCCAUUUUGAAUGUCGCCGCAUGGCCCCCACUGGUCUCGCACGCGGUUCUUGUUCAGCAGGCGUUUGUGUGCUACCCUUAUCUGCUCCUGAUGAGGGGUUAAAGGUGAAAAUGGACUAUUUAUUUUUGUCCUGUUUUAGGAAUGCUGCCCGUAGCUGUUUCAUGACAGCUGACGGGUUUGAGUUCACUGUUCAUUCAGAUAAUAAAACCGACUGAUGUUA